AUGUCGGCGGGGCUUCGCGACUCGAACCCGUUCGACGACCCGUCCGUGCAAAGUGCGGUGCGCGGAGGUGACUUUGACGACCUUGAGGCCAGCCCCUUUGAGACCGCGUCGCUGAAGGAUAGCGCGUACACGGCGCCGAUCGAUUUCGAUGACCAGGCGGACGAAAUUUAUCCCACUAGCACACAUGGCACCGCGCCUGUGCACUCGAUGCACAUGGAGGAUCUGCAGCGACGUGAGCGCGAGCUAGAGGAGCGUGAGCGUGAGCUCGAUGCGCGCACCGAGCAUAUGCGCCGCUUCGGCCGCAACAACUGGCCGCCGUUCUACCCGAUUGUGUACCACGAUAUCGCAAGCGAGAUUCCCCCUGACUCGCAGACGACUAUGCUCCAAGUAUACCGGCUCUGGCUGCUGCUUGUUGCGACGCUUCUCGUCAACCUUGCUGCGUGUAUUGUGCUCUUCGUGUCGAUGGGCCACAUCUCGGACCUGAUCGACAGUAUCGUGUACCUGGUGGUGAUCACCGUGGCCAGUUUCUUCCUGUGGUACCGCCCCCUUUACUUUGGCCUGAUGAAGGAGCAUUCCCUCUUCUUCUAUGUAUACUUUCUCUUCUGCGGCUGCCACCUUCUCUUCUCUAUCUAUGCGGUGAUUGGCCCCCCGUCUACGGGCUGCGCCGGCUUCUUCAACAUGACGAACGCCUUUUCUCAGCACCAUAUCGUGGCCGGUGUUCUAUCGGCCAUCUCUGCGGCUGGGUUCCUCGUGCAGGGCUUGGGACAUGCGUGGUACUACCGCCUCAUCUGGCAGCACAUCCACGAGCAGGGCCACUCGUUCUCGCAGGCCAAGGCUGAGCUCGCUUCACAUGGGAUGCGCGCCUACUUCUUAAAUAGCUCGCGCAUGUAA